AUGAUUAAAUUAUUCGCAACCGCAUUUAGACCUGCUAUCAGUCAAUAACGGAGUUUUCAGAGAUAAUUUUAAUAUAAUUUCACAAAGAUCAGUAAGAAGGACUAGGAAAGGUUGGACAAGAAGUAAGAAAAAUAAAAUCUUGGACUUUCUAAAAUUAUUGAUUUUACUCUCUCCAUUAAACUAAGUUCUAUCAAUAUGCCCAGAAAUUUUAAGAAGCUCUAAAGAAAUUGUAAGUAGGUAACCUGA